AAGAAAUACUUCCUAUUUUGCAAUACCGAAAGAGCACUAAGAUGGCCUCCGAUGCUGACUAUGAGCUAGCAAAAAUUCGAUUUAAAAGGCUGUAUCAGAAAGCUAAAGACUUAAAAAUCAGAGAUGAUGAUUUAAAAAAGUUUUCAUUCGUAAAAAGAUAUAAGGAAGAAAAGUUGAAUAUUGUUUCACUUGCUGUCAAAUGGCUCUUCAUUGUACUAGUAGUUUGCACAUUGGUGUUGGCUGGAGUUUUUGUUGCAGUAAAAACUGAUGUACUUGCAGCGAAAACACUUGCAGAAUGGAGUACUAUUUUUACUGGGAUUGAUCUUAAAACAGACGCAUGUGUUUACCCUUUUUCUGAAUCGUUGUUAGAUGUUUUUAGACCUCCUGUGGAUUGUUCUUUCUGUCGUGGUAUAACGAAAUUUGACAGAGUUUCCCAAUUAAGUCAACAGGACUUUGUGGAGAAAUACGCAUAUUCUGGUCGACCGGUCAUUAUUACUGAUGCAACAAAAAAUUGGACAGCAACUGAGAAAUUUUCGUUUGAAUUUAUAAAAUCUGUGUACAGAAAAGAUAGCCCUGUUUUAUCAGGUGACAGUAAAGAAUGUCAAUUUUUUCCCUACCAAACCAAGUUUGCUACACUUUCUGAUGUAUUUAAGAUGCCAGCAAAGAUGAAGAAUAUGGAAGGGAAGCCAUGGUAUAUAGGAUGGAGCAACUGUGACCCAAAAGCUGCUAAUGUCUUGCGUAAACAUUACACUCGACCAUACUUCCUUUCUCCUGAAAUGGAAUCAAGUAGAACCGAUUGGUUGUUUAUGGGAACCCCUGGCUAUGGAGCGCAUAUGCACAUUGAUGCUGUCCAGCAAUCUUCCUGGCAAGCUCAAAUACAGGGAAACAAAACUUGGAUGUUGGAGCCACCACCAGAGUGUUAUUACGAGUGUGUUGGCUUCCAAGAUACGGUAAAAGCAGGUGAAAUCGUUGUGCUUGAUACAAACAAGUGGUUUCAUGGCACCAAUGUUGUUGGUGAUAAAUUAAGCAUCGUCAUUGGCUCAGAGUAUGAUUAAGUAGCUACUGCUGUAGUUAACAGUCACAUUAACCGACCGUAACAAUCACAGUAACCUACGGUGGUUAUUUAAUGAACCUUGGUUGUCAAUUUAAUAGAGUCAAUUUUUGUUGUUUGUUGUGAGUACCGUGUAGUAAGUAGAAAGAAAAUGCUAAAAAAUGAUUGAAAAUAUUGUGGAUCUAUUUGUUAACCAAAUUGACGCUGCUGUUUUCUGUCAAAAAGAUGUAGUAUUUCUUAAUUUAAUAGAUUCGAAUUUUGUUAAGCUUUUUGUUGUAAAAGUUUUUAUGUUUUUAGUUUUAGUUACAGAAUUUUGUUAGCCGUAUUCGGGAAAAUGACGUUUUUUGACGGUUUCUUACAGUGUAUUUGUUUUGUUGAUUUGUUUAUUUUUUUGUUGCAUAGUGAAAUAUUUUGCAGAAAACUUUUUACAGCAAUAGAAUUGUGAUUUCCACUCUAGAAAAAAACUGAUUUCCUAAAAUUUGGUUCCUUGCCUUAAUGCUUUUUUGAGCAGAAGAUUUUGCAGAUAGAAACGAAAAGGGCGGAAUAACCAAUCAAAUAGUAGUGUUACAAUUGAUUCCUAGUAGUAAUCCUGUUAAAUCCCGAUUUAAGAAUCGGACUGUUUUUGCAUUUUAAACGCGAAUAAUUUGUUACAUAAUUUGUGAUUUUUUAUGGUGCUGAAUUUUAUUUAUAUUUGUUAACAAAUUAUUUUGAUAAAGCUUUGAUAUUUUGUUGUAUAUAUGGGAAGUGGUGACAUUUGUGUCGUAAACUCUGAACUUUUUAUUUAUUGUGUUUUUUCUUACAGUCUUUGUAACAGAGUUUUGUUAUUUUUAUGGUGAAAUUUAUAAUCAA